CUUAUAAUGGGAUUUCGUUUUUCUCAUCGAGUGGUCAAUAACUGAAAAGUCUUACCUGAACAAAUGGUUCCAGUCUCAUCAGGAGACAUUUUCAGGUAUAGACUGAACCUUCUAUGAUAAUUACAAGUAUUUGAAUUGAUGUGCUAACUAAGAAUUUCCGAGAUAAUGCAAUUUAACCCGAAAGUAAACGAACACAACUGAACGAGUUAUAUUUGGAAUUCUUGAAAAGUGCGCAAUCACGUUGAAAGAAGUCAUCAGUCAGCACAAACAUCAUAUCUUUACUGCAACACGAGUUGCUAGGAUGAAUACAGGCCCUUCCUUAAAACCGAAUACUGAGAACUGAAAGCAAAAGCCGCUUAUUGUAAACUGUGAAGGUCACCGUCGUUGCGUUGACAAAUGAGUCCACUUUGUUACCUUUUUGUAGUAUCUGCUGCUGUUCUCCUUACUUUAGGAGAUGCAGAGAUGUUUGGGGCACCCAGAAAAUUGAAACCGAACGAGGCGACCAUAGAAAAAUUUAAUCAUGAGCUGGUUAAGGUAGCCCAUAAAUUCAACUCCGAGCAUGGAAAGAGCAGCCUUCAUAUCAUAACUCAGUUGGUGAAUGUGACUUCCCAGGUCGUUCAGGGGGUUUUAUAUACAUUCCACGUUAAGUUUUCCCCUACAUCGUGCACAACUUUUGCCAACGGCAACACUCAUGUUUUGGAUGACAUUUUUUUAAAUCAGAAUUCUUGUAAUGUAACUGGUGGAGAGAGUAAGAUUUGCAAAGUCACUGUAUGGCAAAGACCAUGGCUCCAGUCUAAUGCUUCUGAAAUAAUUAAAAUAGUUAAUUGUUCUACGGAUAUGAGUUGAUCUGCUCUCGUUCUAUGCUAUGCCAGUAAUUCAUACAAUAGUGGGGAUUUCGAUUUUAACAUUUGAUUAUUCGUAUACCGCAAAGUUUGCUUCAUUCGUCAUGCGUGUAUUUGAUUCAUUAGUUAAUUAGAUUUGACUUUUACAGAAACAACCUGGCUUCAUACUCUUCAUUUCUGGCGAUUCAAUAACGAACCUAAUAGUCGCAUUUGAUUUUGUUUUCAGUAAUAUAUUCUAGUAAAGUCAAUAUGAUUUCAUGAAGCUAAUAUUUUGCCGGUAGUUUACUUUUAAUUUCGUAUUUGGGAACUACUGAUAAACAAUCUCUAUUUCUGGCAUUUAAAACUAUUCUUUUAUUAGUUUAUUUUAAAUGCUUUUAUAACUUAUUCAUACAUGGGAUUUCAUUUUAAUUUCUGUGUUAUAAUUGUUGUACGUGAUUUAAACCGUGAAAACUUUUGGUAAUACUGAAUGAUAAACUUAAAACUAGAUUUUGCCGUGUUUCAUUUGUGUUCGGUUAAUAAAGGUUUUCUCAUAUUCAGAUGUUAUAAGUUGUUUUUAAUGUUUGUCUUUUUAGUUCGGUAUGCAAUCAGAGCUUAUCAUAUUUUAUUUUCAACAAAAAAUAAUAGGUGUAGGGAAUCUACCUCAUAAUCUUAAGAGACAUGUAUAUUCACUAAAUCUACUUUUAAAUUCAGCCUUAAUUUCAAACCCUACAUAACUUUGUGUUCUUUAGAUUUUCAUGAUGUAUUGUGCAGGUUAUAUAAAUGAGAUGAAAAAUGACUUAUCCCGUCUUAUACUGCUUGUCACUACUAUUCUACAGGAUUUGAUCACUCCUUAC